AUGAACUCGUUCGGACGGACGCUGGGUGGCAAGAUAGCGGCCGCGAGCACGAAGACGCCAUGCUAUCCUCUACUUCAGACGUCGAACAUGGUGAUGUUCCUGUGGCAGUCGAGCCCAUCCGCGAGAGAGACGAUGCAGAGGUGGGGGGGGGGGAGGAGGAUGAGGAGGGCGAGGAGCCUCACACAAGAAGAGCCGUCCAACCGCCAACGGACGGCCUCCGAGCCGGGAAGACGAGAGCAAAGCGGGGGCAGUGAGGCGACCGCAGCACCGCAAACGUCAACGCCUAUGAUCGCCAGACGUCAUGGACAGCAGUGGCGACCGUGUUGUAAGGAACACGGCUGCACGAAAUGGCCGUCGUACGGCGGCGCCGGCAGCAAGAAGGUGGAGUUCUGCGCUCAGCACGCGAAGAAAGGAAUGGUUAACCUCCGUAGCAGAAGAUGCGACCACCCGGGAUGCAUGAAGCAGCCGUCUUAUGGUAGAACCGGCAGCAACAAGGUGGAGUUCUUCUCUCAGCACGCGAAGAAAGGAAUGGUUGACCUCCGUAGCAGAAGAUGCGACCACCCGGGAUGCAUGAAGCAGCCGUCUUAUGGUAGAGCCGGCGGCAAAAAGCGCGAGUUCUGUUCUCUGCACGCGGAGGAGGGGAUGGUUCGCCCUGAUAGAAAAUGCGGGCAUCCGGGAUGCAUUAAGCAACCGUCGUAUGGUAAAGUCGGCAGCAUUCUUCGUGAGUUCUUCUCUCCGCACGCGAAGAAAGGGAUGGUUAGCCUCCGUAACGGGAGAUGCGGGCACCCGGGAUGAAUGGAGCAGUCGUCUUUUGGUAGAGCCGGCAGCAAGAAGCGCGAGUUCUGUUCUCGCACGCGAAGCAGGGGAU